UCAAUGUCAAGUCUACAAAUAACACCGCUAUAAUACCAGGGGCUGUUUUUCUCUGUUUGGAGUACUUAUGUUUGAUAGCUUUUCUGUGUCUUUUGACUUCAAAACGAAAGACAAUUGAUUAUUUCUGUAAUAUGUGUUUAUUUUCGUCACCAAGGUGACUGUGUGGGAGGUGGCGAUGAUAUUACGUCACAAGUCAAGCGUAAACCAAUCAUCCAAAGGAAUUGGCAAAGUUGCGUCACGCUUAAAGCUAGAGGUCCGUUAUUUAGUUACAGUGUAGGAUGUAACGUUGUUUCUACAAGGACAAACACACACACAAGGGUGUAAACAGUCUGUAUUUGCAACGUAAUCGGUUUGCAUCAUAGAGAAUAUUAUUCGGUCAAUUGGUUCGAUUGUAAUAUCAUCCUGGAAGAGGAGAACAGGAUGACAUCUCACUGUGCAGGGUUUGAGCCUUAAGACGAAUGUAAAACCGCGCUAGAAUGUGCUGCCCCCUCUCCUCCGCUCUCUGCUGGGACUAAGAAGCUUCCUUCACUUACAGAAGUCGAUGCAGUCUGCCAGUGCGAGGCCAGUGGCUGAGUACCCCCCGCCAGCAUGUCUCGCGUGUCCUCCACGGCUAAGCGCUAUGGCGGCUCGUCCUAUAGCAGCCACUAUAGCACGUACGGCUCCUCCCUGAUGCCCAGCCUGAGCUCGUACGGGGCCGAGCGCGACAAGCUGUCCUCCUACAAGAGCUCCUCGUCGUCGGGCUACGGCUCCGCCGCCACCUCCUCCUCCAGCUACCUGAGCUCCAGCGGCAGCGCCAGCCGCCUGCGCAACUACAGCACGUCCUCGGAGCCGGACCGGGACCGAGGCCGGCCCGUGCCGCGCACCGACCUGCUGGGCGCCUCGCGCCGCAGCGAGAGCCUCAGCCGCACCUCGGCCGCCGGCAGCGGCCUCUCCAAGGGCUACGGCUCGGGCCUGAGCGGCGGCUACUCGGGCUACUCCAGCUACACGUCCAGCUCCUCGCAUCACCACCACCCCAGCAGCAGCAGCAGCAGCUACCUCUCCGCCUCGCCGCCCGUGUCCGCCGGCGCCUCCUCCUCGCACCACUCCCACCUGUCGUCGGCCUCGUCCUCCUCCAUCUCGCUCAGCCGCCGCAAGUCGGUGAGCCAGAGCGACCUGUCGCGCGACCUCUCGCUGCUGGGCCUGAGUGAGGCCUCCGGCUCCUCCUCCUCCAGCAGCAGCCUGAAGCACGGCGCUACUUCCUCCUACCACCGGGCCAGCGAGGUGUCCGACUCGUACGGGGCCAGCACCAGCAGCGGGGGAGCGAGCGGGCGCUACGGGCUGCCGCGGAGCUCCACGCAGGACGCCAUCAGUAGCAGCAGCAGCAGCAGCAGCAGCCUGAAGGGCAGCGGCGGACGCUUCACCGCCUCCUGGGAGAGGAGCACCGCCGGGCGCUCCAGCUCCCCCACCAGAGACUCCUCCACGAACUCCAAGAGUGCCCAGGGCCUGGUGGGGCUCCGCAAUCUGGGGAACACAUGUUUCAUGAACUCCAUCCUUCAGUGUCUUAGCAACACUCAGAGCCUGCGUGACUACUGUCUGCACAACUCCCACCGCAGAGACCUCAACAACAACAACCGCACAAACACGGCUCUGAUGGAGGAAUUUGCCAAGCUCCUCCAGAGCAUGUGGUCAUCCUCAGGAUGCGAGGCGGUCAGCCCGUCCGAGUUCAAGACUCAGAUCCAGAGAUACGCGCCCCGAUUCGUGGGCUACAAUCAGCAGGAUGCUCAGGAGUUCCUGCGUUUCCUGCUGGACGGGCUGCAUAAUGAGGUGAACCGGGUGACGGUGCGGCCGCGCGGGAGCACGGAGGACUUCGACCAUUUGCCGGACGAAGAGAAAGGGAAGAAGAUGUGGAGCAAGUACCUGGAGCGAGAGGACAGCAAAGUCGUAGAUCUGUUUGUGGGUCAGCUGAAGAGCUCGUUGACGUGCACUGAAUGUGGCUACUGCUCCACCGUCUUCGACCCCUUCUGGGACCUCUCCUUACCCAUCUCCAAGAAGGGCUACGGGGAGGUGAGCUUGAUGGACUGCAUGAGGCUCUUCACAAAAGAGGACGUGCUGGAUGGGGACGAGAAGCCGACCUGCUACAGGUGUAAGGCAAGAAGAAGAUGCACCAAGAAGUUCACAGUACAGAAGUUUCCAAAAAUCUUAGUGUUACACCUAAAGCGUUUUUCUGAAGCCAGGGUCAGAACCAGCAAGCUGUCCACAUUUGUAAACUUCCCACUGAAGGACCUGGACCUGAGAGAAUUUGCCUCCGGAAGCUGUGUGGAUGCGGUGUACAACCUGUAUGCAGUGUCUAACCACUCGGGCACCACCAUGGGAGGCCACUACACCGCCUACUGCCGCAACCCCACGUCAGGGGAGUGGUACACCUUCAAUGACUCCAGAGUAUCGCCAAUGUCCUCCAGCCAAGUGCGCAGCAGUGAUGGCUAUGUGCUGUUCUACGAGCUGGCCUCGUCAUCUCGCCUGUAAAGGGGCUCACCAGCGGAGGGGCUGGGACAGCAGCAGCAACAGGAGCACAGGACCCUGGCCCCUCAUCACGACACACACACACACACACACACACACACACAUACACACACACACACACAGCAAAGACAAGACACCCAGGAUCAUGUGCAAAAACAAGCAUGUACACAUCUACACACACACACACACACACACACACACACCGGUGAGGCUCUGUCCUCCCCCGCCCCUGUAGAGAAGAAGGCUGGAGCUCCCUCUGCUGGAGGAAACAUGAAUCUCCAUCUGGGACCCAACACUCCAUUUUCUGCUCUCUGCCGCCCCCUUCUGGGCAUUUCAGAGCAGUGUGUCACCACAGGAGAUUGUGUGUGUGCGUGUGCGUGUGUGUGUGUGUGUGUGUGUGUGUGUGUGUGUGUGUGUGUGUGUGUGUGUGUGUGUGUGUGUGUGUGUGUGUCCGCAUGUGCGUGUAGCACACAGGGUCACCUUCAGGCAGUAAAACUCCUCGGAAGACUUCGUUUCAGAGUCUCCACCCCACCCCCCACCACCCUCUAUGCACUGCAACAGAACUCUUCAUCCCGACAGCGCCUUCUUCUUGCUCCAGAUCGCCUCAAUAUUAAAGACUUCUUUCACUUUUGAAGGUUUAUUUUAUUUUUGUGCUUUGUUUUUGAAUCUUUUGUUUUUUCUUGGUGAUUUUUUAAGUGUUUGUACCCACUCCCCUGGAACUGUACCCAAACUCCCAAGUGGGGAAAAGUGGGCCCUCUAAAGGACGAUACUUCCUUUUUCAGGUGUUACAACAACAACAACAAAAACA